AUGGACGGCAAGCCCUGGGUGAUUAUAGGCGCCUCUCGAGGAAUCGGCCUGGAGUUUGUCAAGCAGCUGCUGGAAUCCGGCCAGCCAGUGAUCGCCGCGGUGCGCAAUGUGUCAGCCGCUCCAAAACUAUUCGACUUGAUUGCCUCGCAAGGAGCUCAAGACCGAUGCAUCGUCGAACAAUGCGACGUCUCAAGCGAUGAAAGCAUCACCCACUUUAUCAACAAAAUGCAGCAACAUGUGCAUAAAGGCAUCAAGCUGGGAAAUGUCGUCCUGAACGCGGGCGUCUUAAAGUACCCCAACCGAGCGACCGAGAUCUCGUUUGCGGACUUUGAGCUUCAUCUGCAUACCAACACCAUCGGGCCCAUCAUCUGCGCACAAAAACUGCUUGACCUGAGUCCUGAUUCUCCGCCCCCCAAGAUGGCCUUCAUCUCGUCCGACUCGGGGUCAACAGCCCGCUUCUUGGAUUUUGAAGACGGGUUCGGAGCCUACGCUGCGAGCAAGAGUGCGCUGAACCAAAUGCUGCGCCACAUGGCGGCCGAGUUGAGACGAUGCCAGCAGAAGAAGCGCGAAACAGUCAUUUUGGCUCUUCAUCCCGGAGAAGUGGAAACCGACAUGGCGGAUAUUCAACUCGGCUGGGAAGUGAAGGGCUGCAUUAGCGCCUCGGAAAGUGUGUCGGGAAUGUUGGCGGUCAUGGCGGAAAAGGGACAAGGCGACACGGGUACCUUUUGGUGCUGGGAUGGAAGGGUGAGCAGCACAAUGUUUUUGUUAUGGUCCUGA